CAGGUUGACUGAAAUGUGCUAGGUUAAAUACUACUGAAUAUACUAUUUUUUGUUCAGCAAACCACAGAAAUCUAUAAGUCACACAGCUCUGCUGUGACAGAUGGAAGCUGCACCAACGGCUGCAAAGAACUGAGUCUGGAGCCAAGACUGAAUUUAAUCUCCAGGGAGAAAUGUACAAACAGCUGGGAGGGCAAGGAGGAGCUGCAGUGUGCGAGGGAAAUUCUCUGGAGCAGAUUUUGGGGUGCUGGAGUGGAUCUCGGAAGCGACAUGAAUCUUUUCUGUUUUUCUCUGGAAGGUUCAAUGGACAGCUUGUAUGAGCCUGUCCCAGAACAUCAAGAACCUAAGGAUACAAUUAGUAUCAGCAGCCAAGCUAGCACUCCAGCAAGCACGUAUGUCAGCUGUGGACCACCCGAUAGGUCUAUGUCUUUGGAAUUUCCUGACUUUGAGAACACUGUGACCAAAAAAAGAACAUCCAUCCAGAAGUCCAUGUCUGAAAAUGAAGCAUUUGACAGGAAAAAUGUGAAUGGCACACUUUGGCAGGGUUCCAGGGAGCCAGAGAAUGAUUCCUACAUCAGAAGGCACUGUCAGCUUGAAGAAUUCACGGAAGACAAUGUUAUUGGUGAUGGAAUACAUUUGCUGCGAGGGAAAAAGAUAGAAGAAACCACAUGCCAGGUGAUAAACUAUGAGCAGUGGAUUCCACCACGAGUUCAAAAUCCAAGUGUGGUUGGUAAUGAUGAAAUGGGUACAGAACCAGAUGAUAAAGCGGAGUCCAUGGGAACAUUAAAACGAUUGCAGAAAUUGGUACGAACCAAAAAAACUAGUACACAUAGUCUGGAGGAUGUCAAGCAUGUUUUGAUCCCCCUCAAUACAUUGGAAGAUGCUUAUCUCCCUGAAGAGGAUGAGGAAGCACUAACUUCUUGCAUGAAACUAACAAAGCCUCAGGAAAAGAAGAUCUGGAAAGACAACAUGAGGAGAAAAGAAGAGACUGAGACUAGGUCAGAUUUUAUUUCUGCUUCUUUGGGCCGAUCUUAUGCUUCCAGACUGAACAACUUAGGAACGAUUUCAAUCCAUUCAGAAACUGAAUUUCACUUGUGGAGUGACUGGAAGCCAUUUCCUGAUAACCAGCUCUGUCCUUGUGAUUUCUUGAUUUCAAAAAUAGAAGAAAGGGAAAACUGUACUUGUUCUUCUCAUCACCCACAUCUUACAUACUCCUUAACUGAUAUGGAUCUACAGUACACGUGGCGCACAAGCAGUUUUGGAAGCUUUGACCGUUUCAGACAUCACUCAAUAUCAAAGGCAGAUGAUUCAGCUGAGAUAUCUGAAUUGGAGACUAUAAGCGAUGUUGGAUAUGCAGUACAUGGUAAAGCAGCAAGUAAUGGAGGAAGCUUGGGUAAGAAGAUGAGAGCCAUUUCCCUUACCAUGAAGAAAAAGAUGGGUAAAAAGUACAUCAAGGCACUCUCUGAGGAGAUGAAUGAAGAAGGAAAAGAUGAUGGUGAUCCUGGUGGUGGAAUACACACAGAGAAGGUCUCCCUAAAAAACAGUGACUCUAUGGACAGUCUGUACAGUCUGAAUAGUGGCCAAAGCUCAUCUAGUGGAGUCACCAGCUGCUCUGAUGGAACCAGCAACAGGGAUAGCCUGAGGUUUGAUGACGAAGUCCCUUACAGCGGGCCGUUCUGUGGCCGAGCCAAAGUACACACUGACUUCACACCAAGUCCCUAUGACACCGACUCUCUGAAAAUUAAGAAAGGAGAUAUUAUAGACAUCAUCUGUAAAACCCCUAUGGGCAUCUGGACAGGCAUGCUGAACAACAAAGUAGGAAACUUUAAGUUCAUUUAUGUGGAUAUAAUUUUGGAAGAGGAAACUGCACCCAGAAAGAUAAAGCUGCACAGAGGAAGCAAAAGGAUCAAGCCUAAAACUUUGCAAGAACUCUUGGAAUGUGUCCAUCUGCAGGAUUAUGCCUCAGCCCUCUUGCUAAAUGGCUACGAAACUCUAGAGGACUUAAAGGAUCUACAGGAGAGCCAUUUGAUUGAAUUAAAUAUUUCAAACCCAGAAGACAGGGCAAGAUUAUUAUCAGCAAUUGAAAAUCUACAGGACUAUGACACUGAACAACAGCAUGAAAGUGAAGAUGGUCAAGAGUCCCAGAGCUUAAGCCCUCACCACAGCUUUGACAAAACACAGUCAAAUGACUGUCCAAGAGAUUCUGGCUGUUACGUUUCAUCAGAAAAUUCAGAUAAUGGUAAAGAAGAAGUAGAUCCAGAAACCCUGUCUGACAUGGUACAGUCAAUAGUGAUCACUGAGUCAAACUGAUCCCAUCCUGGUGCUUUUCUGCAGAUUUCCAGAAAGGACGAUUAAAUAAGUUAAUGUGCUGGUAUGACACCACAGAAGCAGAGCACAAAAUAUUCUCAACACCAAAAGUCUGCUUCCCUCUGAAGUAUGGUGCUCUAGACUGUUUAAAAUAUGAACAUUUGAUGGCUAAAUCUUAGCUGAUAAUAAGAAUAUCUUAUGUUUUUCUUUUUAAUGAAUCCACAGAUGUUUGACUGCAAUUUUUAUCUAUAUAUUUAUAUUUGUACAGCAAAUGCAUUUUCUAUAAUGGAAAUUGUUUUAGGUAGUGGUAUAUAAUCAGGACAUGUUCAUUUCUGAAGCAAAUGUUGUAAAUAUUGUACAUCUUCAUUAUUUUAAAAAGAUAAAGACAUCACACUGUCUUUAUUUUCAGAUGUGUUUCACUGGUAUUUGUACAGAACGUAUUUUCAUUAAUAUUGUAAUAAAAAGGUGGCUACAUUCAUGUCCUACUUUGGAAAGUACUAAGCUAAUUCUCAUUAAUAUUAAAGCUGUUUCAUACUGUUCUUCUCCAAAAUGGGCUCUAAAGCAGACAGUCUUCUACACUUUGUCCUAAAGGUACAAAAGAACUUUAGCAUGAAUCUGAAUCAAACUCUACCUGUCAAUACCUUUUAGGAGUAUAUAGCCAUCUGAACUUAUACACUGGCAAUUUCUCUACUGUUAUUUUCACAACUGUUCUGAUACUUUCCAAACAUUGUAAAAAUAAUGCAAGCUCAGAGCAAAAGACCAGUAUCAAUGCUAUGCUUUUAUGAUUUUUUUUUGUGAAGCGCUUGCCUUUUGUGUGUUGUGUGAAAUUUGUUAAUAGAAAUACUUGUUUGUGAACAAAUCUCAGAAGCUAAUAAGGUUAUUGUACAUUACUGUCUUUCAUAUGAUAUUUGUCAUUUCUCAGCAUAUUUUGCACUGGAAUACACAUUGUAUUUGCCUGUCUUCUUUUAAAGUACUUCCUUUGAAAAUAAACAGAAUUAUGUGUUUGA